AUGCCUCCAUUCGAAAGGCCAAAAGCACCCUUCCGUUCAAGCCAGCUUCGCGCUUGGUCUGACAAUGUCGAACCGCGGAUGCACGACCUGCUGUGGGGAGAUUAUUGGCAGCGAUUCAACACUAUACAAAUUCCAAUAUUCGGGCCCGACGUUUACUUCGAUGACGCACUAAACAUAGCGAAAGAGGCCAAAGGCCAGAAAGAAGUAUUUGAGCGCAAGUUUGAAGAAUUGAAUAAAAGGCGACAGAAACUGGCAUGCGAAAUGCUUACGGCUGCAAUGCGAGCAAUAGACGAGGAGUAUACUUAUCUAUGUAAAAAUGCCCGUGAUACAGUAUCCGAUCUAUGCCAGACCGGCUGUUUUCUGGAUUUUCUAAGGCUCUUAAUUGGUACUUCCCAUGGCUGGGAACCGGAUGCAGCAGAAGAUUCGCAAUCGAAUGGCACUACUGGCGAUCUCAGCGAGGAGACUCAGGCCUCCGCUGAUCAAUUACAAGACUCUAGCGAUGAAGAGACACAUGACGAGCCCCCAUGGCUUGGCGACGAUUACUAUGAGGCUGCUAUGGAUCGCCGAACGAGGGAGGAGCUGUGGGCGAGAUCUUUUGGUGGUGAUAUGGGCACAUUUGCUUACGCGGGAUGCACGUCGUCUUCCGAUGACACUGACGAUCCUGAAAGUGAUGUGUCUGUCUCGUCAAGGGAAAACAAAGAAGAGAAGGCAACGCAUGGACUAGGAAAGAGAAAGAGGGAUAUAUCCGACGACGAAGUCGUCACUGCUCGUAGCCUUCGUCGAAAGCUGAUGAGUUUAACGCCCGGUCCAAUAAUCUAUCCAUUGAACCCUCAAGGAGAGAUAGAUUGGGAAGCGAUUGACGAUGAAUUUUUAUUCAAUAGUGAAGAGGAUGAAUAUGACUAUGAAUAUGACUAUGAAGAUGAAGAUGAAGAUGAGGAAGAUGAUGAUGAUGAAGAUGAUGAUCAUGAUGAUGAUGAUGAUGAUGAUGAUGAUGAUGACGAAGGUGAUGAAGAAGAAGAAGAUUAUGAUGGAGAUGAGGAUGAGGAUGAAGACGAAGAUCGUGGUAAUGAGGGCAGGAAUCCUGUAAGGAUCUCAUACUUUCUAUAG